UGUCACCAUUCUGUCACCUGUCAAAGAGUGCACUAGUUAACAUAACUAACAUAACCUAAAAACAAUUACUUUUUGGCCCUAAAAAGAAGAUUAUAAUGUUUAGAUCCUUGCUAAAUCGACUAAAUCCCACAAAAUUAUCAUGUGGAUUUCACACGUCAACGUGUUUGAACGAAGUACAACUACUGACAAGGCUACGAGUGGUGGAUAAUUCUGAAAUCGGCAAGAGGGCUAUGGCUGAAGGGAAACCUCCAAAAGUUAUUUGUGUUUACAACAAGAAACGUAUUGGCUACAUUGGUGACAGAGUGAUGGUGGCUAUCAAGGGGCAGAAGAAAAAGGGAAUCCUUGUCGGGCUCAAGCAGACCCAGAAUGUCAAAGUGCCCAAAUUUGACAGCAACAAUAUAGUCCUCAUUGACGAUAACGGCACUCCACUGGGCACCCGCAUCCAUGUACCUAUUCCUACUAUAUUGCGGACCAUACUUAAAGAACGCACACAUGCCAAAGGAGCUGAUUAUACUAAACUACUUUCUAUAGCCACUAGAUUUGUUUAGUUUGUUGUUUAGAUUUUAAUGCGUAGUCUUAAUAAAUUUGUAUUAUAGUUA